AUGUGUGGAGCAUUUCAUCAGUUCGCCAUGGGAUUACGUGAGUUUAUAAAGGACUAUUUUCUUGGUUUCUGGGACUAUGAGACCCCAAAGGUGAUGGUGGUAAAAAACAAAACCCUUGGAGUCAUAUACAGGGCUGUUCAGUUUCUUGUCAUCACCUAUUUCAUCUGGUAUGUCUUCAUAAGCCAGAAAGCAUACCAAGAAAGUGAAACCCGCCCAGAGAGCUCUGUUUAUACUGUCAUGAAAGGCUCAGCGGUCCAUGGAGAUCAAAUCUUGGACACUGUGGAGUAUGCUCGACCCUCAGAGGGUGGGGAUGUCAUUAGUACAAUAUUGAGACGAGAAGUCACGUAUGACCAAAUGCAAGGAACCUGUGCUGAGUAUUUCCAUGUUGCCAAUGCCAACUGUACGACAGAUUCUGACUGCGUCCAGGGAGAGGUUGACUUUGAUGGCCAUGGCAGGAGGACUGGCAGAUGUGUUCAGUACUACAACCACACCUUUAAAACCUGUGAGAUCCAAACCUGGUGUCCCAUUGAGGAGUAUGCUGUAGAACGAGAACCAGCUCUAGUGGAGGCCAUCAAUUUCACUGUCUUCAUCAGGAACUCUAUCCACUUCCCCAAAUUUAAAGUGCUGAGGGGAAAUAUCAAGGAUGCCUCAAACAAGCGCAACUUGCACAAAUAUCUCACCAGGUGUCAUUAUGAUGAAGAGAAAGAGCCGUACUGUCCAAACUUCCGUCUGGGCUACAUCGCAGAACGAGCCAGGGAGAAUUUCAGUGAGCUCUGCAGGACUGGAGGAGUGAUUGGAGUUUUCAUCAACUGGAAGUGUAACUUGGACCUGGAUCCUUCACACUGUAAACCCACAUAUUCUUUCCGCCGUCUUGAUGUCCGAAAGGAUCAGGCCAGUUCUGGUUACUAUUACAGGUUUGCCAAAUAUUACAGCAAGGAUGGGAUAGAGUCUCGGACACUUAUCAAGGCCUAUGGCAUCCGCCUGGAUGUCAUAGUUCAUGGACACGCAGGUAAAUUCAGUCCCAUCCCAACCAUCAUCAGCACAGUGACGGCUAUGACUUCAGUUGGGAUUUGUACCAUUAUUUGUGACUGGAUCAUGCUGACAUUUAUUGACAAGAAUGAAAUCUACAGUGACAGAAAGUUUGAUGAAGUUAUCCAGGAGCCUAAAGUACCCAUCUCCACAGAGCUCAGCUACAUCAACAGCUACGGAUCAAACCAUUCAGACCUGUCGGAAGGUGUACCGCUGUGA